GUUUGGUUUUGAUCCGGUACCGAAAUAACAAGACUACGGGCGGGGCCUGGCGGAAAACGAUUUCCACAGCGACGAAGCUGUUCUAAAUAUUUUUAUGCACUCGGAGUUGCACAUGGUAUUGCUGUGAGUUGACUUCCGAGAUGGAUUUUUCGCUGCUGGAUGUCUGGAACUGUACUGCAGUGCACUGUAGGGAAGGUUAAGAGCCGCCUCAAAGAAGCCUCUGUCCAGGAAAGAGAAGGAAGUUGCAAUACCUGGAUGCCUUAUCAGUACACAAAGAUGUUCUCAAGCUCCAGAUCACAUGCCUUAGGAUCAAAAAUAACAUUUGGGAAGAAGAAAAAGAAAUCCCUUCCUGUGAAGGUUACCACCAUGGAUGCAGAGUUGGAGUUCAAUGUUGAGUGGGGAGCGACAGGUCGCACCCUGUUCGAUCUAGUGUGUCGUACAAUUGGCCUCCGAGAAACGUGGUUCUUUGGAUUGCAAUACCAAGAUGUCAAGGGCUACGCAUCCUGGCUGAAAAUGGACCGGAAAGUUCUGGAUCAAGACGUGCCCCGGGAUUACCCGCUGUCCUUGCUGCUGCUGGUGAAGUUCUACCCGGAGGAUGUCUCCGAGGAGCUGGUGCAAGAGAUCACGCAGCACCUCUUCUUCCUGCAAGUCAAGCAGGCUAUUCUCAACAUGGACAUCUACUGCCCGUCGGAAGUCAGCGUCCUGCUGGCGUCGUACGCCGUGCAGGCCAAGAACGGCGACGCAGGAGAGUCGAGCUUGCCUUCCGGGAUUUUGGCGAACGAGGAGCUGCUGCCCAAGAGGGUCAUCAAACAGUAUAACAUGACUACCACUAUGUGGGAAGAGCGCAUCAAUAUCUGGUACCAAGACCACAAGGGCAUGUCGCGCGACGAGGCCGAGAUGGAGUACCUGAAGAUCGCCCAGGACCUGGAGAUGUACGGCGUCAGCUAUUUCUCCAUCACGAACAAUAAAGGCUCGGAGCUAUUCCUGGGCGUCGGUGCUUUGGGCCUGAAUAUCUACGACAAGGAGAACAAGCUAACGCCCAAGAUCUCCUUCCCCUGGUCGGAAAUCAAGAACAUCAGCUACGACGACAAGAAGUUCACCAUCAAGAUAGUCGACAAGUCAGCGCCGAAUUUCGUCUUCUUUUCUCAGAAUUUAAAAAUGAACAAGCUGAUCCUGGACCUGUGCAUCGGCAACCACGAUCUGUACAUGCGGCGUCGCAAGCCCGACUCGAUGGAGGUCCAGCAGAUGAAGGCUCAGUCGCUGGAGGAGAAGAAGAGACGGCAUGUGGAACGUGAGAAGUUGGAGCGCGAGAAGCAGCUACGCCUGGAGAUCGAACGGCAGAAGACGGAACUGGAGCAGCGCCUGCUGCAGUACCAGGACGAGAUCCGACUGGCCCAAGAGGCUCUGCAACGCUCCGAGGAGACGGCCGAGCUGUUGUCGGAGAAGUCACACAUCGCCGAGGAGGAGCGCACGCUGCUACAGCAGAAGUCCUCCAAGUCGGAGGAGGAGGUGCGCCGCAUCAAGAUGCAGCAGGUCAAGACGGAGGAGGAGAAGUACCUGCUGGAGCGGAAGGUGCGCGAGGCCGAGAUGAUCGCCGCCAGGGUUGUGGAGGAGUCGGAGCGACGCUCCUACGAGGCUGACCGGCUCAAGGAGGACCUCUACAAGGCCCGGAUAGCGGAGCGGCAGGCCAAGGAGAAGCUGAUGGAGUUCUUAGCCAAACAAUCGAGCCAAAGCGUCACGCAGUCUUUCAAUGGGAUAUCGAGCGUGUACGACGGCGGCGACAGCAGAGAGCUGCCGGAGCUGCAUCUGAACCAGUCCAGCGCGCUCACGUCCCAGCUGGCCCAGUACGACCUCAUGGCCGACACCAACAUGGACCAGCUCAACCUGCAGAUCGAGAAAGAGCGUGUCGAGUACCUGCAGAAAUCGAAGCACCUACAGGAGCAGCUUAAGGAGAUGCGAACCGAGAUUGAGGUGCUCAAGAUUGGAGAGAACCAAACCCUGUACGACCACAUCCACGACGAACAGGUCAACCUGGGCGAAAACAAGUACUCCACCUUCAGAAAGACAAAGGAGGGCUCCACGCGGUCCCGAGUGGCCUUCUUCGAGGAGCUGUGAGCAAGCCGUCUGGUCCAAAGCGUCGCAGCGCCUUAUCAGUGCCAAGUGUGCGACAUUGUACGUGUCGACGCGAGGCUGUGAUUCCCCAACUGCCUUCGGCGUCGCCGGGGGCAACGUGGCGGGGUGGCCGCUACCUGCGCCGCGGCCGGCCCGGCCCGGCCCGCCCUCGUGCCCGCAGUGGUGUUUGUGUCGGAGGCGACCACUGCCGACUCCCGUGCCUUCGGACGCCACAGGGCCGUGACCAGGCGGCUCGCCGAGACAGCCAGACGCUGUUCACCGCGGGCACGGAUCGAGAGCACCCGCGUUUUCACUCAUGGUACCGUGAUGUCCAUCUCGUCGGAAGACGUUGCAGCUACUUAGUCGACUGGAACGCCAAGGCCCGGCGAGCGGCCUGCGGCGCCGGGCCUCCCCGGCCGCCGCCGGCUGGUGCAGCAGCAGAUGGUGGCCAGCUAGUCGGCCCGCCGGCCUGCUUCAUAAGGCAUGCAUUUAGUGAUCCCAGAGCAGCUUCUGCCGCUGCCUAAAUGGUCUGUAACUCUACGAUAGCGAUAUCAUUUUCUACGUGUUUCUAGGCUGUUGCCAGUAUGUUGAUGGAUCGGCUUGUUCCAGCGUACAGGCGCUGAACUGUUCCCACUUUCACGCUGUGACAUGAAUACAAGAUCUUCCAUGUGAA